AGCAGGCCCGCGCUGUUUCCGGAAAUUGCGGCUGCAGUCUCAGCUGCUGCUGCCUCAGCUACUGCCGCGGUCGCCGCGGAAUUCCGCGAGUGGAAGCGCUGAGGCGAGCGCGGGCCCGUGUGGGGCCGGGAUUCCGGCCAUUCUGCAGAAUGGAGAUAAUCAGGAGCAAUUUUAAGAGUAAUCUUCACAAAGUGUACCAGGCCAUAGAGGAGGCCGACUUCUUCGGAAUCGAUGGGGAGUUUUCAGGAAUCAGUGAUGGACCUUCAGUUUCUGCAUUAACAAAUGGUUUUGACACUGCAGAAGAAAGGUAUCAGAAGCUUAAAAAGCAUUCCAUGGACUUUUUGCUAUUUCAGUUUGGUCUUUGCACUUUUAAGUAUGACUACUCAGAUUCAAAGUAAGUUGUUUUAACAAACGUUGGGAAUUCUGUUUUUGUGGCACAGUGUC